CGCCACCCUUCCCAUUGGUUUCUGCUUCAAGGUCGUAAUUCUCUGAAAUAAUACAAGUAACAGUUUCUCUUCUCUUCCUAGCUGCCCAGCCUAAAUGCAUUGUGCAGCAGGUACCGGACCCUGCUAGACCACAUCCUUUGCAGAUCGUGUUAUCUCGAGUGGUCUCAUCAUACCAGAGCUGCUUGCUUCUCUCAUUUUCCAGAGACCUUUAACUUAACUUUAACUUACCACAUAGAACAAAAAUGAGAGACACAAUUUGGAAACAUUCAGUUAAGGAAGCAGUUCAAUUGUUGGAGGUUUGAGAUGGGUCCGAUUUCAGAAUUGGUGCAGUAUCUAAUUAUAUGACCCUCCAGGAUGAUGAUCGGUGUGGCAUUCUUCUGGGCUUUCUUGGGCAUGGCAUCUGCAGUGCCCAUCUCCUCAGUUCACAGUUGGGUCAACGAGACUGUUCAGUUACCCUUCUCCCUUCAGCCCCCCAGUCCUCCUUGGGAAUUCCUCCACAUCACAUGGAAUUUUAUCACCGGCAACAGAAAUGCCCUUAUCCUUGCAUACCUUUUAGACAAAUGCAAUGGGACAGCUCUCAAAUGGUGGGAGAAAGAAUGCUAUAUUAACAAACAGGUGGCUGAGAUGUAUCGGCAGCGGGCAGACGUUCUGAAGAAUGGCACUCUAGUGCUUUAUCGCGUGGGGCUUCACGAUACGGGGAUGUACCGCACGACAAUUAUAACCAUGGAUUUCAGACGGCAUGCAACAGUAAAUCUCAAAGUGACUGAAGGCAUGACAUCAGCAGUGCCCAUCUCCACAGCUCACAGUUGGGUCAACCAGACUGAAGGAGCAGGAUCAUUAACCCAGGAAAAACUCAGCACUGAGAAUAUGGUUCGGAUGGUUUUGGGUGGCCUCCUCCUGUUCUUCCUGGGGGUCAUGAUAACAUUUUUGCACAGUGGAUGGAAGCAUCACUCAGGGAAGGAAGACUGUGGGCCAUCCUGGGAAAUCCACCAUUGACUGGAGCUGACAUGUCAUGAAUGACCCACCUGCUCAUUUCGUGAAUCAAGGAGAGCAACAGGACACCUAUCAAAAAUCAGGAACUGCAGUUCUCAGCCACUCAAGUAUCAUGAUCUGGAAGUAACUGAAUAUCUUGAACUGAAACAGGCAUACAAAUAUGACUUCAUCCAGCACUGUGAAGCCCUUAAGUUCAGGCAGCAGAGAGAGAACUAGUGUUUGGACUUCAGCCCUUAGACUCCAACUCCUAGCUGCCCCAGUCAGUUUGGCCAGUGUUCAGGUAUGAAGGGAGUCAUAUUUCUUGGUAUCUGAAGGAGUGUGCAUGCACACGAAAGCUCAUACCAAUGACAAACUUAGUUGGUCUCUAAGGUGCCGCUGGAAGGAAUUUUUAAAAUUUUGUUUAAUUAACGGCAAGAUAGGCAAUAUUCAUGUGUGCUCAAGUCACAAUGAAGUACAAUUUCUAGGCACUCUAAAGGUCACACUGUGCCCAGGAAGAAUUGGUCAUGGAACAGCCAGAGGGGUGGUAACCCUGGACUUAAUCUUAAGUGGUACCCAAGGCCUGGUGUGAGAUGUAAAUGUUGUUGAACCAAUACGGAGCAGUGGUCAUAGGACUAUCAAAUUCAAUAUAUAUCUAAAUAGACAAUUGCCAAGAAAACCCAACACAGCCACUUUAGAGGUGUACUGUUAUUCGCUCACUAAGGAAGCCCUCUGACCUCUCCAUAGAGGUUAUUUAGGUUCAAAGUAUAGUUAAGCAAGGGAUUUUCAAUGGUUUGUCUGCUCCCAGCUCCCAUGUGACCCCACCUUUGCUUCUUGGUGAAUCCAGAGUUCAACUCUACAAUUUUCUAGACCAAAUAAUGGGUUGAGAGACUUUGUUGCCUUGGCUGCAUAGAAUUCUGAAGGAGAGAGCUUAAUUCUCACCAGAGGCAUAGUUCUCAAAUCCUGCUUGCUCCAAGAUAAGGUAUACCCUUCCCUUCCCUUCUUUCUUUUCGGUGUAAGGCUAUCAUAAAUUGCUCUUCUUAAUCUCUAGGCUUUUCAGUAGUCAGGGGUUCUAUAGAAUUAUGGUGUGUGUGUAAUUGCUUUAUGAUUACAGUGGUACCUCGCAAGACGAAUGCCUCUCACAAUGAAAAACUCACAAGACGAAAGGGGUUCACGAUUUUUUUGGUGACUCGCAAGACGAAUUUUUCUAUGGCCACGCUUCACAAGACGAAAUUAUUGCAAUACGAAACGAAUCGCGGAACAAAUUAAUUUCAUCUUGCAAGGCACCACUGUAUUUUCAGCCUGCACUUUUUAACCUUGCUGUCUGAAGCAGCUCCCAUAUAUGCUGUCUUUCUUCAUUUCUGUUUAAUAACUCAAUAAAUAAUCUUUUUCUUCUA